CCCUCCUCGUCUUCCGGCAAAGAGGAAGCCGCUUCCUUCUUGUCUUCCUGUUUUGCCAACUAGACGAUAUCAUAGACAGCCAUGACUCACUUUCCUUCACCCAUUCGCCCUGGCGAAAAUCAGACCCACUCUACCAUCCACGAGGAUGGUAUGAUCAUCGAGAAGAACCUGGACAUUCCGCUCAAGGAUGGCGUCAAUGUCAUGCGAUGUGAUGUUUUCCGGCCAGCAGCAAAAGGCAACGAGGUGGAACAGUACCCAGUGAUCAUGACAAUGGGUCCAUACGGCAAGGAUGUACCGUACUCUGUCUUCUACGCAAGGUCCUACUCAGAGCUACCCGAUGAGCAGAAGAGCAAAUGGUCAGCCUGGGAGGUCCCCGAACCGACCUACUGGACAGCACAGGGCUACAUCUGCAUCCGAGUGGACGAGAAAGGCUCCGGUCAGUCCCCAGGAUUCUUGGACACCAUGUCUGACUCUACUUCGUCCAACUUCGCUGAAGCCAUCGAGUGGGCCGCCGUCCAACCUUGGUCGACCGGCAAAAUUGGCCUGCUUGGCAUCAGCUACUACGCUGGCUCGCAAUGGCGUGUCGCUGCCCGCCAGCCCAAGGGACUAGCCUGCAUAAUACCCUGGGAGGGCAUGGCAGACUACUACCGGGAUCGCGUAAGGCACGGUGGUAUCUUGAGCGACGGCUUCAUCAAAUUCUGGCAAGAGCGUCAGAUCAACCACAAUCAGUAUGGCACACCAGGAAGCGAAGGCGCCAAUGCCAAUGUCAACCUUCCGGGUCUGGCUCCUCGACCGCCGAACGUGGAGGGCAUCUUGUCUCCUGAGCAGCUUCGAGAGAACAGGACCGAUCAGACCAUCGACACGGCGGAGAACGAAUUCCUCGACGACCCCUACUUCAGCUCAAGAGACUACAGCCUCGCCAAUAUCAAAGUGCCCAUGCUCAGUGUAGCCAACUGGGGUGGUAUCAAUCUUCACCUGCGAGGAAACAUUUUGGGCUAUUUGGGUGCUGCUUCGACCUACAAGUGGCUACACUGUAUCACGGGACGUCACGACUUGCCCUUCUACCUCCCGGAAUUUGUGUCGCUCCAGCUGUCCUUCUUCAACACCUUUCUCAAAGGCAAGCCUGACAAUGACGGUAGGGACUGGCUCAAGGGGCCGUCGACGGAGUCUGGUGCUGUUCCACCCGUGACAUACACCUUGCGAAAGGGCAACCCUGGCUUCAACAAGACCGAGGCCGAGCGUACAUUCCCGGUCAAGACUGCUUCCGCCUGGCCCAUUCCUGGAACACAAUACGUUGACCACUUCUUGACUUCAGAGGCCAAGCUCGUCCGAGAAGCACCGCAAGAAAAUUCCGAGCUUACUUACAAGGGCUUGACAGGCGACAGUAUCUCCUUCUCCACCGCUCCAUUCGAGGCGGACACAGAAGUGACUGGACACCCAGUCUUGCACUGCAAGGUGGGCAUCAAGGCAGACGAGACGGGCAAAGUUCCGAAGGACAUGGACAUCUUUGCUACGAUCCGGAACUUUGAUGCUGCUGGCAACGAGGUCUUCUACACUGGCACGGCGGGCGAUCCUGCCGGUGCCACCAAGGGCUGGCUGAGGCUGUCCCACCGCAAGCUGCAACCCUCGAGCCAGCCCUGGCUGCCGGUAAGGUCUUACACGCGCAAGGAUCUGCAGCCAGUGGAACCCGAUGAACUGUACGAGACAGUCGUGGAGUUCUGGCCGACUUCGCUGGUUGUUUCAGCGGGCGGAAGACUAGUGGUGGAAGUAGGUCCGAAGGAUCAGCAGGGCUGUGGAAUUACUGUGCACGCGCACCCCAAGGAUCGCAGCGAGGAGAAGUUUGGAGGAUUGAACCGAUUGGUGUUCGGACAAAGCACCAAGCUGGUGCUCCCCAUCAUUGCAUAAUUUCCCUGUCCCUCUUAAUUCUCCAUACAUCUUUUCAAACAACAAGUGUCUGUUUCUCUUCACUUCUGCAAUUCAUCUGAUGAUCUCGA